CAUAAUUUAUUAUCAUUUACUGCUGACAGUAGAAAGUACCAGCAUUAAAAUAUAGAAGCUAGAACAACUUCUAUCGAAAGGAAAUCUAGUGUAUUUUAUUUUUAUCUUCUAAGGAGAAUUUUAUACAUUUUUUGUAUGCUUCAAAUAUGCCACUAAUUCGUAAGGAAGGAAAAGACACUAUAAUAUUUGCAUCAAAAGAAGAUCAUGCAACACCUAGUAAAAUAGAGCUUCCAGAAGCAGAACCAAGUCCUGGUCUCUUGCUACCCAAUGGAGAAAUCAAUUGGAACUGCCCAUGCCUUGGAGGGAUGGCAACUGGACCAUGUGGUUUAGAAUUUCGCGAAGCAUUUUCCUGUUUCCAUUAUUCAGCAGCAGAACCAAAAGGUUCGGACUGUUACGAAGCAUUUAAAACAAUGCAAUCUUGUAUGGUACAAUAUCCUGCAUUGUAUCGAAGUAAGGGCGCAGUCCUAGACGAAUUCGACGAAGAGGGAGAUCCGAUGGAAGAACACCAUAAAAAUGUGGAGGGUGGAGAUAAAGUUCCUGGUGUAAAAAAUCAAACGGAAAAGGAAGAUAUACCAGAAACUUCUAGUAUUGAAAAAGGAGUGGAACGAACUAACACUAAAUAAAUGUUAUCUCGCUAGUACAAAUAUCAAUGCAAUGAGA